AUGCCUAACUCAAGUGAGCAGUCGCAUUUUGGUGGUGCUCUGGGCCAACGGGGUCCUGAAUGGUCUGAAGGUCAGAACGACAGGGCUGCAAGUCGCUGUCAACACUGUGGCACCAUUGCGGGACGUAGGAAUUCUUUUUCACAGGGUGGAGCUGACUGUGGAGCUUGGUUUCACCGUCACCUAGAUUUUUGUGAGAAAGCUGAUACAGACCUCCAGACCUCCAUGUACAGGCAGGCCCAGCAGGAGCGGCGUGGGCAGCAGCUACUGAGGAAGACAUCUGUGCCCGAUCUCAGCAACAGUCUCUACCUCAGGCAAUUGAUGGCAGGCCGGGCCUCUGCACCACCUCAGGAUUACUACCUGGCUGACGCUACUUUAUCUGGCCAGCUUCCUGACGAGUCUGGAUUUUAUAGGGAUAACCAGCACCUGCUCAACAGAUCAGGCUCGCAUUAUGGGCCUAGCGCUGGGGGGUUGAGGCCUACCUGGGAUCAAGGACAGGCAAGAGCAACACCUUCCGUGCGGCCCUCCGCCUCAACACCUACCCCCGUGCCUCCUCCCCUUCCACCUCCUCCUCCUCCUCCUCCCCUUCCCGUUCAUGAGCUGAGCCGCUUGUACAGGGAAACACUGGGAUCUAAGAUGAUACCAGACAUCCACCGUAUUGGCGGCUGCUCUCCCUCUCCUGCAGUUUACGGGGGCCAGCCCCCUCUUACCUAUUACAAUACUGAACAACCGUCUCUCUCUGCUCGUCAAGCUUAUAACAAUAUCAACAGCUUUUCCCUGGACCCUCGCCAGCAAGCUGCAUCCAGUUCAGCGCUGGACGCAGCUUCUCAGGGAAUGGACGGAGCUCUUCACCGCGCGUAUGGAGCUGUAGCCUCCCAGAGGAUGCCUUAUGACCCAAACUAUGACCCCAGCUCAGCCAUGAUGGCUGCCACAGCUGGAAUGAACUCCAGCAUGCCUCAUCACCAUCAAAGCGCUCUAGACCCCAAAAGGAUGGUGGACCCUAACUUCUUGGGUUACCUGCGAGCUGAAGGCUUGGCUGAGAGCACUAUCACUCUUCUGCUGCAACAUGGUUUUGAUUCUGUUGCCACGUUGGGAAUGAUGGAGGACCACGAUGUUCGCUCUUUGGCCCCUAACUUGGCCCAAGCCCGUGUUCUCUCUCGUGUGGUGCUUGGUAGCAAGGCAAGUGGGGCAGCAACACGUACUCGAUCCAAUAGCUUCAGUCACCGCGAGCUUUACAUGCAGCCCCAGGGUUUGACCAUGGACCCCUGCCUGAUGCAGCAACCGCCCAGCACCAUCCAGAACGUGUCCCCCAGAAUGGGAGAGUUUCUUGGUAGAAGACCCAGCAGCGCACCCUCCCAACACCUCCUGGAGACCACCAACUACCAAGUAGCACGGCCCCUGGCAACUGGAGCUUUUCCAAUCAGCCCCGGAGGAUAUAGCAAUGCUGUCACUCAGGGAAGACCAUUCUCCAUGUACAAUGCCCACACCGGUCUUGCCAUGUCUGCUCUUGGACAACAGCCUCCACCAGCUCCAGGCACCCCUGGAGCGGCGCCCAAAACCUUUUCUGGUUCCUAUUACCCCAUGGAGCUGAUGAAGAGAGCUACCAACCUUCCUCCACCAUCGCCAAUAACAGCGGCAACCCCCCUUCAUAGCCCCCAACUUCUCCGGAAAGGGAUGAAUGCUGCUCCUGAGAGUAACAUUGUUCCUGUAACUUCUUCAUCCAAUCUCCAAGCGCAAAACCUUAACAACAGCAAGUUGGUAGGACGUCGUACUGGUCCACCUGUCAUAGUCUCAACUAUGCUCUCCGCACCUGACACAAGUAUUCGGCCCCAAAUCAUGAACGGGCCAAUGCAUCCGCGCCCCCUGGUGGCGCUGCUGGACGGGCGCGACUGCACCGUGGAGAUGCCCAUCCUGAAAGACUUGGCGACUGUCGCCUUCUGUGAUGCUCAGUCCACACAGGAAAUACACGAGAAGGUGCUCAACGAAGCAGUGGGAGCCAUGAUGUACCACACCAUCACCCUGACCAGAGAGGACCUGGAAAAGUUCAAAGCCCUACGUAUCAUCAUCCGCAUCGGAAGCGGCUACGACAACAUCGACAUCAAGGCUGCCGGAGAGCUGGGCAUUGCUGUGUGUAACAUUCCCUCGGCAGCUGUGGAGGAGACAGCAGACUCCACCCUAUGCCACAUCCUCAACCUGUACCGGCGAAACACCUGGCUCUACCAGGCUCUCCGGGAAGGCACGCGGGUCCAGAGUGUGGAGCAGAUCCGCGAGGUGGCGUCCGGCGCCGCCCGUAUCCGUGGCGAAACCCUCGGCCUCAUCGGCUUCGGUUAG